AUGCACGUCACGGGGCCGCUGUCGUCGAGAUGGACGGGAUACCUGGGUCUGCUUUCGGCGCUUUCUGCGGCCUUUGCUCCGGCAGUCGCCGUAAAGGAGCAUGACUUCAAAAAGUGCCACCAAUCCGGGUUCUGCCACCGCAACCGGGCCUUCGCCGACCACGCGCUCGGCUCAACAGGCUGGGAAUCACCCUACCACGUCGACGCUAGCUCGGGCUCGUUCCACGACGGACAGUACCAGGCCGUGAUCCUGAAGACGAUCAACGACGGCGCCGAGACGGUCCGAUUGCCGCUUACGAUUUCGUUCCACGAGUCCGGCACGGCACGAGUCACGGUCGACGAGGAGAAACGGCAGAAGGGGGAGAUUGAGCUGCGGCAUGAGAGCAAGGCGAGGAAGGAGAGGUAUAAUGGGGCCGAGGAGUGGGUGGUUGUGGGGGGGACUACGCUGGAUAAGGAGGCGAAGGUUGGGUAUGAGGAUAAGACGCAGGUUACGGUCAAGUAUGGACCGGCGUCCAAGUUUGAGGCUACGAUUAAGCUGUCGCCGUUUAGCAUUGACUUUAAGCGGGACGGGCACAGCCAGGUCAGGUUCAAUGACCAGGGCCUGCUUAAUGUGGAGCACUGGCGGCCGAAGAUUGAGCAGCCCGAGCCGGAGAAGGCGGAGGGCGAGUCGGCCGAGGAGAGCCAGGAGAGCCCGGUCAUCCAGACGGAGGAACAGCCCCAGGGCGAGGACCAGUCGACCUGGUGGGAUGAGACGUUCGGCGGAAACACGGACAGCAAACCGCGCGGGCCGGAGAGCAUCGGGCUCGACAUCUCGUUUGUGGGCUUCGAGCACGUGUUUGGCAUCCCGUCGCACGCCAGCUCGCUGUCGCUCAAGCAGACGCGCGGGGGCGAGGGCAACUACGAGGAGCCGUACCGGAUGUACAACGCGGACGUGUUCGAGUACAUCCUGGACAGCCCGAUGACGCUGUACGGAGCGAUCCCGCUCAUGCAGGCGCACCGCAAAGACUCGAGCGCGGGGGUGUUUUGGCUGAACGCGGCCGAGACGUGGGUGGACAUCACCAAGGCGAAGGAAACGAAAAACCCGCUGUCGCUGGGCAGCAGCAAGGCGCGGACCAACACGCACACGCACUGGUUCUCGGAGAGCGGGCUGCUGGACGUGUUUGUGUUUCUGGGGCCGACGCCGCAGGACUUGACGGCGCAAUACGGCGAGCUCACGGGCACGACGGCGAUGCCGCAGGAGUUUGCGCUGGGCCACCACCAGUGCCGGUGGAACUACGUGUCAGACGACGACGUCAAGGACGUAGACCGCAAGAUGGACAAGGCGCGGCUGCCGUACGACGUGAUCUGGCUGGACAUCGAGUACACGGACGAGAAGAAGUACUUUACGUGGGACAAGCACUCGUUUACGGAUCCCGUCGGCAUGGGCGAGCAGCUGGACGAGCACGGCCGCAACCUGGUGGUGAUCAUCGACCCGCACAUCAAGAACGUGGCCAACUACGACGUCGUGGCCGAGCUUAAGGCGCAGGAGCUCGGGGUGCAGGACAAGAAGGGCAACCUCUUCGAGGGCUGGUGCUGGCCGGGGUCGUCGCACUGGAUCGACGCGUUUAGUCCCAAAGCGAGGGAAUGGUGGGCGUCGCUGUUCCGGUACGACCGCUUCGUCGGCACGCUGCCCAACACGCACAUCUGGAACGACAUGAACGAGCCGUCGGUCUUCAACGGGCCCGAGACCACCAUGCCCAAGGACAACCUGCACGCCGGCGGCUGGGAGCACCGCGACGUCCACAACCUCAACGGCAUGACCUUCCACAACGCCACCUACCACGCCCUAGUGACACGCCGCGAGGGUGAAGCCGACCGCCGGCCCUUUGUGCUCACCCGCUCGUUCUUCGCCGGCUCGCAGCGCGUGGGCGCCAUGUGGACGGGCGACAACCAGGCCGCCUGGGACCACCUCCAGGUGUCCAUCCCCAUGAUCCUGAGCCAAGGCAUCUCCGGGUUCCCCUUCUCAGGGGCCGACGUCGGCGGCUUCUUUGGCAACCCCGACAAAGACCUCCUCACCCGCUGGUACCAAGCCGGCGCCUUCUACCCCUUCUUCCGCGCGCACGCGCACAUCGACGCCCGCCGCCGCGAACCCUACCUCAUCGGCGAGCCCUACACCACCAUCAUCGGCGCGGCCCUCCGCCUACGCUACAGCCUGCUCCCCUCCUGGUACACCGCCUUCCGCCACGCCCACCUCGACGGCACCCCCAUCAUCAAACCCCUCUUCUACACCCACCCUGCCUCCGAAUCCAGCCUCGCCAUCGACGACCAAUUCUUCCUCGGCACCACCGGCCUCCUCUCCAAACCCGUCACCAGCCCAGGCCAAACCACCGUCGACAUCUUCAUCCCGGACUCCGAAAUCUACUACGACUACUUCACCUACUCCAUCCCCCCGACCGCGAAAGGCAAACACGUCACCCUCGACGCACCCCUGGAAUCCAUCCCCCUCCUCAUGCGCGGCGGCCAUGUCUUUGCGCGCCGUGACAUCCCCCGUCGCUCGAGCGCUCUCAUGCGCUGGGACCCGUACACCCUUGUUGUCGCAGCGCCCAGGAAGGCUACCGACACCGCUGAGGGGGAUUUGUAUGUCGACGACGGCGACUCGUUUGAGUACCAACAAGGACAAUACAUCCACCGUCGCUUCCUCUUCGACGGCGCAGCCGGCUCGUUGACCUCAACCGACUACAACGGCCGGGAGGCCACCUCGGAGAAAGAAGAAGGAGAAUGGCUCAGCAAGAUGAGGUCUGUAAACGUCGACAAGAUAGUAGUCGUCGGUGUGCCGGGGAGUUGGAAGGGGAAGACGAGUGUCAAGGUGGAGAGCGAGGGACGGACGUGGGAGGCUAGGGUGGAGGUUACGCCUGCUGAGGGGAGGAGGGCGGGGUUUGCGGUUGUGCGGAAGGUGGGAGUGCCCGUGGGGGGGGAUUGGAGGGUUGUUUUUUAG